AUGCAAAACGAAAGACGCGACAAACCUCAGUUCGACAACCUUCUCAACUUUCGUGAUGUUGGCGCUCACAUCAAUACAAUACUGGGGGCCAAUGUCCUCAAGACAGGUCGACUGUUCAGAAGUGCUCGUCCGGACGAAUGCAGUCUGUCGGACCGUGAACAACUCAUCAACAAAUUCAAGAUAAAGACCAACCUCGAUCUGCGGUCCAAAACAGAGCACAUCAAUGCCGCCAGGAAACGAUCAGAAGUUGCCCUCGCCUCACAGUCUGCUGUUGUUCCCUCUUCAGACAAGGCCGUACAGCAAGCAAUUGAAAUCCCCGGUAUUCGAUACGCCUAUAUCAACCUCAAUGGCAAAGGAUUUGAGCGACACUUGAUCUGGCAACUCAAGUACACCAGUUUGGCCAAAAUGAUCGGGCUCAUGGCUCUUGGUUACCGAACCGAGGGCAUCUCUGUGCUUGGCCGGGAAUUGAUGAAACCUCGCGGACUCGUUGGACUUGGGAUCGAUACCCUCGACCACAGUGGACCUGAAAUCAAGGAAGUAUUUGACCUUCUGUCCGACCAAGGCGCAUGGCCUAUUCUGGCUCACUGUACCCAGGGGAAAGACAGAACUGGGCUCGUAGUGUUGUUGGUGCUCCUACUAUGCAACAUCAACAUCGACGCCAUCAGCAAGGAUUAUGUCCUGUCUGAAUCAGAACUGGAACCGGAAAAGGCAGCAAGAAUGGAAGAGAUCUCAAGCAUUGGCCUGGACGAGUCUUUUGCGGGCUGCCCUCCUGAAUUCUGCCACAAAGUCCUUCAACAUCUCGACUCGGUAUACGGUGGCGUUGAAGGUUAUCUCGAUAAGAUUGGUAUCGAUCACGGUCAACGUGAACGUGUAAAGAAUGCGAUCCUAGCCACGCAGUGA